CGCAUGCAUGUAUUGACUGAUAAACAUCGAUCACAUUUUGGUUUUACGUAAAAAUAGCUUUUUUGAACAUUUGAUAAAGUUCAUUUUUUGAUUACAAUAUAUUGAGUGUAAAUUUAGUGUAAAAUUUACACUACAUUUGACUGUUGUUCUCAAUACGAAACCAAUUGUCAACCAAUUGAUCGCCGAAGAGAUGGUGAAUGCGUGGUAUAUGAAUGAUAAUGACUCGGAGGACCAGCGAAGUGAACGCCAUUUAAGUCCUCCACAGUUUGUCUCAUUGGAUGAGUUAAGCGAUAAGACGGGAGUUUUGUAUUAUGCGAUUAAUGCCGACGAUUACGAAGCGGAGGGAAAGUUGGCCAAAAUCCGAGCCGAAAGGGGUUAUACUUAUUCCGAUUCGUUGGAGUGUUGUCCCCAACGACUGGACAAUUAUUUAGAGAAAAUCAAGUCUUUCUUCACAGAACACAUCCAUUCGGACGAAGAGAUUCGGUUUGUUUUGAACGGUUCCGGAUAUUUCGAUGUCCGCGACAAUGAAGACAAAUGGAUCAGAAUUUUGGUUGAAAAGGGAGAUCUGUUGAUACUUCCGGCCGGUAUUUACCAUCGAUUCACUCUCGAUAACAAUGAUUACAUAAAAGUGAUUCGUCUGUUUGUUGGCGAACCCGUGUGGACACCGAUCAACCGGCCGGCGGACACACAUCCCGCGCGAGUCGACUAUUUGGCUAAUUUGACAAAAGUGUCGUAAGAAUCGUAUCGCAGAAUCAAACAUACAAUGAGUUUUAUAUUAAUUUAAUAUCAAUGAUUGC